AUGGCAUUGGGGCUGGACCUCGCUGCGAAGCGUCAACGGCAGAGGAGCGACUACCCGUACCACGAGGAUUAUAGGACACGAUGGAACGACAACGACAUGUUCCACCAUCUGAAUAACCCAGUCUAUGGAGUUCUGAUAGAUAGUAUCAUCAAUUCCUACCUCAUCCAGCAAGCCGGCUACAGCAUGGCAAACUGGAAGCAGAUCGGACUCGUCGGAAGCACCUACUGCGAUUAUUUUGGCGCAGCGCAAUAUCCUGGAAUGCUGGAUGUUGGUCUUCGGGUGGUGAGGAUGGGCAAGUCUUCGAUCAUGUACGAGGUCGGCAUCUUCCAGGAAGGCAGCGAGCAGGUGAAGGCUGUUGGAGGCUUUACACAGAUCUGGGUUGACAGAGCUUCGAGUAAGACGCUCAAGGACGGGAUACCGAAGGAAGUCAAGGAACCUCUGCAGCCGUUGCUGGAAGGGAGCGGACAAGACUCCAAGACAGCAAAGCUAUAA